AGAGCAGGGCUCUGGGUAUAAAAACUGUUAGGUGCCUCCCUCCCUCCCAGCACUAUCUCCUCUGGAACACUCUCCCUUUUCAUAGAGCCCAGAGGUCUUUAUCAGCCAUUUCCUUCUGCCACUAGGAAGCCAGCUGGAGUCUGUUACCAAAACUGAUCACCUCCUGCCGUUUAAAGCCAAAAGCUACCUAAAAAGAGAUUAUACUCCUAGCUGCUGGGGAAGUCCGCCUUGCCUUCAUCUUUACAAGCCCCCUGGGAGGGCCACACCUCUCCCACCGGAAACCCACCAGGCAAGCCUCCGCCAUCCUCCAUCUUGCCUUUCAUGUGUUCAUCUGGGUCCAGCACUUGUCCUGCCUCUUCACAUGUCUUUGCCCUUUGUCUUGGACGGACAAAAAGGAUGAAUGGACAAUCUUUGGUUGGUGGCGCUGCUGAUGCCCGUCAUGGUCCUUUUUGGAGGGACCCUUUUGGAAAUAAAGCUGGUGAGCCAGAACAUGGAGGCUUCACCCAGCUAAGCUUGGCCCUGGCGGAUGGGCCGCAAGAACAGGAGCCAAAGGAAGAGAUAGCCAUGGAGGACCUCUCCACUACAGUUAAAUUGGACCAGAGUGAAAACCAAGUUUCACCACGUCAGGGGAGAAGGUGCAUCCCCAAGGCUCUUGGCUACGUCACUGGUGAUAUGAGAGAAUUUUCCAACUGGCUUAAAGACAAACCUGUGGUACUCCAGUUCAUCGACUGGAUUCUGCGGGGCAUAUCUCAAGUGGUGUUUGUCAGCAACCCCAUCAGUGGAAUCCUAAUUCUGGUGGUACUUCUGAUCCAGAACCCGUGGUUGGCUCUCAAUGGCUGUGUGGGAACAGUGGUAUCUACUCUGACAGCCCUGUUACUUAGCCAGGACAGGUCAGCAAUCGCAGCGGGACUCCAGGGCUACAAUGGCACGCUGCUGGGAAUACUCAUGGCCCUCUUUUCAAGCAUGGGGGGCUAUUACUGGUGGCUGUUGCUCCCUGUAUCUGCCAUGUCCAUGACUUGCCCGAUUUUCUCAAGCGCGUUGAACUCUGUGUUCUGCAAAUGGGACCUUCCUGUCUUUACCCUCCCUUUCAACAUGGCGUUGUCAAUGUACCUUGCAGCCACUGGCCAUUACAAUUCGUUCUUUCCAGGCAAAUUGUUUGCUCCUGUAACCUCAGUAUCCAAUGUCACCUGGUCUGAACUUAGUGCCCUAAAGUUAUUGAAAGCCCUGCCAGUGGGGGUUAGUCAGAUCUAUGGCUAUGAUGAUCCAUGGACAGGGGGCAUUAUCCUAUGUGCCAUCCUCCUUUGUUCUCCACUCAUGUGCCUGCAUGCUGCAAUUGGAUCAUUGCUGGGGGUAGUAGCAGGACUCAGUCUUGCGGCUCCAUUUGAGAACAUCUACGUUGGACUCUGGGGUUUCAACAGCUCUCUGGCUUGUGCUGCAAUGGGAGGGAUGUUCAUGGCACUGACCUGGCAAACCCACCUCCUAGCCCUUGCCUGCGGCCUCUUCACUGCCUAUCUCGGAAUCAGCAUGACACAUGUAAUGGCCAUGAUUGGCUUGCCAGCUUGUACCUGGCCCUUCUGUUUGGCCACACUACUCUUUCUCUUGCUGACGACCAAAAACUCCAACAUCUACAGGAUGCCCCUGAGUAAAGUCACUUAUCCUGAAGAAAAUCGAUUGUUCUACCUACAAGCCAAGAAAAGGAUGGCUGAAAGCCCUCUGUGAGAGUAUCCAUGGUCAUAAGUCAUUCCUGACUAAACUGCUCCAGUUGACUUCCAGGGUCUCUGCAAACUGUUGUAUUUUUGUUUUUGUUUUUUUUACUAGUAACAACUUUUAUACUAACUCACUCGUGAUCUGUUCUUACACCCGUUUUGUAUUUUUCUUUUUGGUUCCAGGAAUAUCCUCAGACAUAUGAGAGCCACAUCCAGCUGAUGUGCUCUUGUAUGGAAGUUUAAACCCCAGUGGGGGAUCGGCGCUAAGACUGUAAUGUAUUUUAUAAAGUAGAAAUGCUCCAACAGGAAGAGGAAGUGAAACUGAAGCUAAUUAUUGAUAUUUAUUGAUAUUCUUGGUGUUUAUUCAGCUAAAUGAUGAUAACAGUAUUAAAAAUUAAGCUCUAUAAACAAACUAAGCCUUAUAGAAUUUGUUAUCAACCUAGAAUACUCAAAUAAAAGUUUGGUUUUUAAAAUUGAUGCAUGUUACCGGUUACAGCUGUGGUUAGCAUCGUGGGGGGGUGCAGGCUUAUCUCAGAGCUCAUUCCCAGUUCUUUAGCAGAAUGGCCUUCAGGCUGUUCCUUGUGACAUUCUCUUGAGGGAGAUAGUGAGUUCUUUCAAGCAGAGCCACAGGAAGAAAAAAAGGAAUUUUGCCAGUCAAAAUUAUUCUGUAUUACCACUUUCUUGGAGAACACAAAGGAUUUUUUAGGUAGAGCUUAUCAUCUUUUUUUAUGAGAAAGUAUUUAGUUUCAAUGAAAUAAAAAUAAGAGAUGUUCCUGGCUUAACUGGUUCCUAGGUAUUAAAGAAAAGUUACAUAUUUAUAAAAUGUUCAGCAUAACAAUUUUUACUUUAAUCCCUAAAUUGAUUUUGUAAAUGUCACAUAGACACAUAAUCAUCAACUUAUUUUAAUUUUUUAUUUUUUUUUACAUUCAAGAGCCCAUUAAAGUCACUUUUUAAAUUCAUUUUAAUUUAUUUAAUUCAUUUAUAAAGACUGGAGGUUAAGGUCAGAUGGCUUAGAGGUGUUAUUUUAAGCAGUUGUUGAAUUUCUUAUUUAAAAGAAGGCAAAAAAACUCCUAGCCUGCACAUUCACAAUAUUCUCUCUCAGGAACCAAUGGCAUCUGAACUACCAUAAAGAAAUGCAGGGAUUCUCCUGUUUUCCUUCUUUUGAUUUAAGUCAUCUGUUCUAUAAAGAUCCUGUGAUCAAACACAUGAAGAUGAGGUUGACAGCUGGGCUCGUGACCUUCUACUUCAGUAUGUUUCAGUUCAAUAUUUCAGAAGAUUGGAAAGGUGAAACUUUUGAAUCCUAAAGACUUCUUCCUCUUGAGUCUGUAGUUUUUAGUGCACAAUUUACAGUUUGGCUGAAUGGCUAAACAAAAGCAGGAAAGUAAACUACAAAUAUUUUAGGAAGAAGUUUACUUGUUUUCUUUUCUCAGGAAAACAAACAAGCAAACACUAUUCCAACUUGAAACCCUGUGAUUAAAACCUUUUGAAACCAUGAAUUUGGAGUUAUCAUAGGUUUAUGGAUAUUCCUGGGGAAAAACUAAAAUUUUCAGUGUUUGAACUGAAAUCCUUUUAGGGGAAUUUGUGAAGUAAGAGGUGAGGAAACAAGAAAACAAGGAUAACCAAAGAUCACCAGGGAAGAAGGAUCUGGACCACAGUUGAGUAGCUCAGAAUGCUCUAAAUUGGUUUUAAGUCAAUGCUCAGAAUGGAGCUCCGAUGUAUUAAUUAUAGUCCCUCUCCCCAUUUGCUCACACAGAUUUGUAAAUAGGAACAUUGUAAUGCCUUGUAUAUUGUCUAACUUAAAUGGUAUUUUCUCAAGCUAUUUUUGUUACUAAGUAUUAUUCUAAAAUUAACCUAUUGCAUUUUUUCUAUUGUCUGUGUAAGAAAUCCCUCUGUAAGUGUAUGAAGGAACUACACUCACACCUCAGAUUUGUAUGAUGUACCUUUUAUAGUUACUGUAUAUAUGAACAGUCACAUAAGCCUGUAUUGCUUAUAUCUUGAUGUGUUAUAAUUUUUCUUUCUUUCUUCUACUUGGUAAUAGAGGCACCCGAAGUGUAAUUAAACCAACCCUGUUUGUUUUCA